ACCAAACAAGUAGCUGAGUCUCCUUCAAAACAAGCCGCCAGAAGAAGAAAGAGCAGACACUGAUAACGACUUGGAAACCAAAGACGAAUGAUCCUCUUACCGCUAUUUAAGUAAUUGUUGUUUUAAUCUGUCCUUUUUAUCAAAUUUGUUUGCUUUUGUCAGAAAAAAAAAAAAAAAAAAAAAGAGUCGCAAAUUUUCUUUGAAUGGCUUACGUACCUCCCCACAAGCGUCAAUCAAACGACACGAACAGGGCUUCACUGAGUCCAGAGCAGCUUGUUCCUCAAUUCAAGAAGAAUCUGAAAUUUGGGUCGUCAUCAUCGUCCACAGCAAACAGGGAUAGGAGUGGAAAAAUCGUUUAUGGAAGUCAGUCUAUAUCCAGAUGGUUUGCCAUCGGUUGUGAUGGUGAUGAUGAUGGUGGUGAUCAAUUUCCAGCUUCUGUUUCUCUUCAGCCUGUUUCUGUGGAAGCCUUUAUCAGCAAAAAGGGUGAAAAGCCUCUAGCUUUGGUCAACACUGAUAUAGAAAGUAACAGAGUGACAGGGAACUUUUCUGGAAGCCCAUGGUUAUCCAUUGCAGAUUAUGUGCUCCAAGACCUUCUGUCAUCUUAUGUAAAUGUGAAGAACGAAAUAGAUUCCCAAAAGGCUGAAGGAAAGCCAAAUUUGACUGCAAAUGUUGGCAAGAUAAAGCGAAAUUUGACUGCAAAAGUUGGCAAGAUUCUUUUUCAUGGGAGCCCUUUGGGUAAUUUCGAGUCUCCGGUUACUGAAACCAGAUUGAGGCAAGUGAAGAGGUCAUUCUACACAAAUAUUCCUAGUUCAUAUGUGGAAUACAUAAUAAAGGAAGUUGUCCCAGACAUUGGAGUUGAUUUUGUGGAGGAUAAAGAAAUAUACCAUGUUAGGUUAUCUGAUGCCACUCAGCCAGAUUCAACUGUUACUUGCAGAUGUAGUGUAAGGAAAGAACAAGGAGAUCUUCAACUCUAUAAGAUUGAGCUCAACCGGCUGCGCUACAUGGUCGUGGAUAUAUCAUGCCUUGAAAAGAACCUGGACCUGAGGCUAAUGCUAUCCACCAAGGAAAUCGUAGCUGAUCUGUCUGAUGAUGAUGUGCAAAGCAUUAGAGAUUUGAUUAAUUCUGCUAUUCUAGAUGCUAAUGUGAAGGGUGGACUGAGAUGGCCCUUGGGGAAAUCAUCUACUGGAACUUAUAAAGUGAUUGGAGUAUGGCAUACAGUAUCUAAAUCUUACAAAAGUCCUUCACUGACGCUGAAGGUAAGAGAUGCUGAUCGAUACGAUUAUAAGACUUCAAUUGGUGAAACUUCUUGGGAGAUCAGUCUAAAUUUGAAAGCCCUUUCUUCAAAGUUAGAGGAGAAAGAGGUUGAUAUGGAUUUGAUUUCUGAAAUGCUUAAGACUCACUUAAAACAGAUAUGGAACAGCUUCAUGUGCUGUGAACGUUAUAUAAACUAAUAUGGCAUUUUGUAAUCUUCAACUACCUUUCUUUUGGUAAAAUAAUCUUCAACUUGUUUGUAAAUAGCAUAAGCCUCUUGGAAUGGGAGAGAAAAAGAGAUGAACAUCAAGAAGUGGUUUUUGUUUUUAUCAAUUUGUAGAAAUGCAGUGUGAUGUAUUACUGAUUUUGUUUGUAUUUUGAAUACGGAGUGAAGAGUAUACUGAUAAAAUAUAAUAUUCUUGAUCACAAA